UCUGGAGGGAUGUAGGUCGGAAAAACCUGUGUACAUUAGCCGACUAUUUCCACGUUGACAGCCUUUUAGAAUCGUAUUCGGCUGUGGCACUGCACUUUGACCGCAUGUCCCUGGAUUAAGAAAUUGAUCGCCGGUAAAACAAAACAACUGACCAUGGAAUCCCAGAUCAUGAUGAUUGGUGCGGCCAUAUUUGUGGGCUCGGCCAUUUUGAUCUACAUCAUCUCCAUAUUUGGAAUACGCGAGAAAACGUAUGAUGAGGUGAUUGAAGAACAACGAAGAGAACGAAUGGAGUCGAUGAAGACUAAGGUUCGUGUGGAAAAGAGAGAUAAGUACAAGAAGAAGUAUAAAAAGCCUGGAAAGGAGAAAGAUGAUAGGGAAGACAGCGUCGAGAAGCGGGAAGAUACACCUGUCUUUGAGGAGAGUGUUCAGGCGGCCAAGAUGGUGGAGUUGGAGAUUGAGCCAGAGAUCAUCGAGCCUGUUGGCACACCCAAGCUGAAGGCAAAGAAAGCCAAGAAGCAGAAGCCAAUUUUGGUGAACAAGGAAGAGAAGUCGUACACGCAAGUGGACCAGGAGGUGCCUGAGACGUUCCACCCCAAGCACCUCCCUAAGGAUGAGAUAGAAAUGAAGCACGCGCAUGAGGAAGAGGUCAAGAAGGAUGUUGCUCCAAGGGUCAACAAGACGAAGAAGAGGCACGAACCGGUAGCUGAGAAGAUUGAGAAGACUCGCCAUGUGGAUGUUGAAUCCGAGAUCAUCGUCAGCCAGGUUGCUCCUCAGAUGGCGGCGCCACCUAUGCCAGCCCCGGAGAAAGUGAAGAAGAUCAAGAAACGCCAAGAAGAACCUGUUGAAAAUGGAAGUGGUGAUGUUUUCCCAAGCCAAGACUUUGCUGCCACCUUGAGGCAUGCCAACAUGACUGAUGCAGAGAUACAGGGCUUGAUUGACAUCCUCCUCAAUAAGCAGGCUGGCAAAAUGGAGUGGAACAAGAAGGCCGGCAAAUCGGACCCCAUCACAGUCCUGAAGAAACAGCUGGAAGAUAAAGAAAAGUCUCUUCAGGAAGAGCAACAGCUUGCCAUGUCUCACCAAUCGCGCAUCAAAGAAAUGCAGAAGGAGCUGCAGCAAGAGAAGGGCCGCUACCUGGUGUUGAACAAGACGUCACAGGAGAAGGUUGAAGCCAAGGAACAGGAGUGCCUGGCCCUGCAGAGGAGGAUGCAGCAGGCUCAUGAGCAGCACGUCCAGGAGAUGUCCAAGGCAAAGAUGCAGAUGGGAGAUGGUCAGGCGGCGAUGAUGGUGCAAAGACUGCAGGAGGAAAACAAGCAACUGAAAGACGCUGCUGGAAAAGCUCAGAUGAACAGCAUGCCAGGCCCAGACACGUCAGGACUUCAACAACAACUCAAGAUCGUUCAGGGAGAACUCAAUAACAACGUGAUCAAACUGUCAGCGUUGGAUAACGCCAAGAGAGCUCUUGAACAGAAAGUGAAUCGAUACGAGGAACAGCUCAGAAAAUCCGAGGGAUCAAAGAAAGAAACUGAAGCGGUUUGUACGAGGAAACUUCAAGAAGUCCAGGAAGAAUUACGCAAAUUACAAAACAGGAACAGUAAUUCUGACAAGGAGUACGAGCGUGUAAGCCAUGGAAAAGAAACGGCAGAGACCGAAUGUGCAUUCUUGAAAAAUCGUCUCCAGCAGUUCGAAUCUAGUCAUGGUGCUGCGGUGGGUGACUUAGAAAGUAAACUUAAGGAAGCUCAUGGGAGCAAGUCUGAACUCGACAACAAAAUACGUCAUCUUGAGUCACUCAUAGCUGAAAAAGAUAAAUUGGUCAAAGCUAAAGAAUCGGAAAUGAAGGAAGUCGUCGAGGAGAACCGAGAACUGCGAUCUUGUCGUCAAAGACAGGCGGGUGAGGGUGAGGAAUCGCCAAAAAAACCAGCUGGGGCGCCCAAUGGAGACGUGCACCCAGAAGAAAAAAUAGAGUCAAAAAUAGCUAUUACAGAACAUGAAAAAAUUUUAAAUCAGUUACAGAGUGACAUGCAAACAAAAGAUUCCACAAUUGCCACAUUACAAAAUGACUUAGAAAGCCAAAAGAAAAAAAAUAAUGCCUUGAGAGAGAAAAAUUGGAAAGCCAUGGACGCGUUGUCACAGACAGAAAAAAUGACGGCAGAUAUUCCGCAGCUGCGCAGAGAACUCGGUGAAAAAGACGCAGAAAUUAAUCGUCUUAGUGAAGAUCUGGAGAAACAUCAAUCAAAGUGUAGUGAACUUUCCGAACAAUUCCAGCAGGUCUCAGCAGAGCAAGAACAACUCCGAAAAGAACAAGAGGUCGUAACAAUAUUACGAGAGGAGCUAACGUCUGCCAAAACAGCCUUAGAAACUGUUCUGGGCGAAAUGUCUGAGAAACAAAAACAAUGUGAUGAAUUGUCAGCAAAGUAUGAGAAGGCUACAGAAGAAGUGUCAGCAGGGGCUAGUUCUGCCCAGAAUGUCUCUGAACUUGAAGAGCAGUUGACUGUGAUGAGUGCACAACUUGACCAACUUAGAGAAGACUUUGAGAAUAAACAACAAGAGAAUGUUGAUUUACUUGAGCGUUAUCAGAAAAUCUCUGAACAGUUGAUUACAAUGACGAGUGACCAAGGAGCCUCUGACAGUCUCCAACAGGAGUUGAGGGAGACCAAAUCAGAAUUGGACCAAAUGCGUGGAGUACUAGAGCAGACGACUCAGGAGAAAGAAGAUUUGAGGGAGAAAAAUUGGAAGGCAAUGGAAGCGCUGAAUAAGGCAGAGGACGGCGUAAAACAGAGAAUAGCAGACGCCUUACAUUCAAAUAAGUCUGGUGAAAAAGACAAACAGAUAUUGGACCUGUUACACCUUUUAAAGGAGAACUCCACAACCAUAGUACAGGAGGAAAUCAACAAAGUACGACAAAAAUUAUCAAAGAUUUUCCCAGAUAUCUCUGUGGACAUCGACGAUGAGGAAAAUAGUGACUGGUGGGAUGAAUUUGAAGAAAAAGCAAAAGAUCAUAUCACCAGUGUGGCGAGAAGACAGAGUAUGCACGUCGAGGUCAAACUAAACGAAUCUUUAGAAGUCCAAACUAAACUCCAGACACAGGUUGAACACUAUAAGACAGUAUUGGGUGAUACAGAGUCAAUGUUGAAUAAGUUGCAAUCAAGUGUAGAAACUGAGGAGAAGAAAUGGCAGGAAAAGUUAUCUGUGACAGAAAAGGAGUUACAUGCUAAACGUAUGAAUUGGAUCGACGAGGCAAAGAAUGAGAUGGAAUCCUUACAAGAAUCUGUGACGCUACAGAUGAAGGGUAGUACCGAGGAUUUGCACGACUUGGGUUUUGCAUACAGAUGUGUAGAGAAAAGUCUGACCACCAUAGUAGAUGAGAUGGAGGUGAAAGUUGAGUCUCUAGAAGCUCAGCUUGACGAGUCUGAGAAAGAAAAAGAGGUGCUUUCUACGGAGCUUAAGGAGUCGGAGGAGAAGAACCGUCUCUUAGACGAGGAACUCUCAUCAGUCCAGAGGGAGAAGGAAACACUGCAAUCCGAGCUCAAGGAGUCCCAAGACAUUCUCAGUUCAGUCAAGUCCGAGUUAGAAAAACUUAAAGUUAGCCUUGCUGCUCAAGAACAGAUUAAGAAGCAAGCAUUACUACAAGAAUCUAGGUUAUUGGAGCUUGAUAGCGUCAAGGCCCAAUUGGCGUCGGAGAAGUCUUCAAAGGAGGAGUUGGCUCAAUCGAAUGCCAAAAUAAAUUCAUUACUAAAGACUGGCCAGGAGGCUCUACAACAGGAGCAGGCGAUGGUGAAGAAGUUACAGGCUCAGCUUGAGGAGGCUAAGAAGACAAAUGCCGACGCAGAGUCCAAAGAAAUAGCAGAGUUGAAAAGUAAACUCGAUGAAAGAGAAAAGCAGUUAGAACGCGAGAUUGCUUCUAAUCAAGCAUUGUCUCAAAAACUGACUGAGGAGCCUGUCACGCCAGAGAAGACCUCAAAGACAUCUGGUAGCGAUAAAGAAAAAGAAAAAGAGAAAAAGUCGGGGAAGUUUGGAAAGUUGUUCAAAUCCAAGUAGUGUUCCUGGAUGUUUCAGCCGCCACUGAAGAUGCCGGUACAUCCGCGUAGUCACCAACUGGCAAUAUAGACUGUUUACUCUCUCUCUCUCGCUAACUAUCACAAGUGGACCAAGGCUGUGACAUUGAAUGAGACGCUAAAGUACCGGUACCUAAAAAAGGUCACGCUGAUCGCUAGAUCUUUGAGAAACUCUCUCAACAAGUAUGCAUCAUGAAUGAUACCGUAGUGGACUCACGCAUUGCAGAAUUGGAAUCCGUCAAGGGACGACAAAUGGAAAAAAAUUAGUUUUCAAGUUUUCUUGGAUGCCAAUUACAAAAUAUUGUACAAUUGCUAUCCAGUUUGUGCAGUAAAUAUUUGAGGUCAUGUUGUAGUUGAAAGUUCUUUGACAAAACAUACAGCAUGUACAUGUAGUACUAACGAUCGAUGUAAAUUGAGUUAGAAUUUGUUAAUAUCCAUUUUAUGAUGUCACACAUUUGUAAGACUAAGAUUAAUACGGUUUCUGCCUGCUUUUAAAGUGAGAGUUUUUGUAGACGUGACUUUGUUUGUGGUACAUCUCGUAUCAUAAAAUUGGAUUUAUUUUUGAUUCGUCGUGAUCAUGGUACUAUUGCAGUGUCACAUUUUAUACACACUGUGUACAAGUCUCAUUAUAAUUGUCGUCACAAAUAUUCACAUGUAUGUUUCAGUUAUAAACGAAAUACAAUUAAAUAUUAAUUAUACGUAAAUUGAAGUGAGAAUUUAUUCGGAUAGGUGGGAUUUUCUGUUGACUGAUCUCCAGAAACUGGUGACAGAAUACUUUCUUUAGGCCAGUACUGUUGUGUUCCUGUUCUAUUCAUUAUCAUAUCUCCUGGUAGUGCGUUCAUACAUGCGUUUCCUAUACUCCAGAUAUAACAACUAAAUGUACUCCCUCUACAGGGUGGCCCAGAAUUAUUUUCCCUCAUAAAAUGGAUACACAAUAGAAUUCUAUUGUCCAAAGGAAAAUAAUUCUGGGCCACCAUGUAGAUACCCUAGGUACCACUUUGUCAUGAAGGUGAUUCAAACGUAAAAAAAUUAUUUUCAUCAUACACGAAAUAGUUCAUGCAUAACUGAUAAUAGGGCUUGCCACAUUCGCUGUUGAUCAAGUUCAAGAGUCGGUAGAUAGCCGUCGAGGGAAGAACGUCUUGGCGCCAAAAACAUAUGUCGUCCUUCUGGCGUAAAUGACGUCAUACCAUGUAUAAUCCAAGAAAGACGUCAUGGAGUAGCCGACCGUUGGGCACUUGCGUAAGUGAUGCACCUUACUGCAACAGCGUUCGUUAUGAUGUAAUAUGCAAUCUUGUGAUGUCGCAUGAUGCGAUUGGGGCAUUCAUGGACAUGUUCCGGUAUGGUCAAAAAAAGAAGUACUAUAGACAUGGUCUCUUAACUCUUUCAGUGCCCAGGAUUUGGGCAUUUUUGGGCAUUGUCACUACCCAAAAUCUCACAAAAAUAAUUGAGAUACACUCAUCAAAAUUCUUCAAAACCUUUGUCUUUACCUCCUGUUUCAAUAAAACAGCAGUAAUAAGUAGGGGCAUACUAGGAUUAUGUUCUAAAUUUUUUUGAGGGAGUGGUAUUUUUGGCCGAUUUUCACCAUUUUUCACCUAAAAUGAGGGGUGGCAAACCCCACCCCACCCUCUCAGUCGAAAAAAUUAUUCAAUUUGGACGCCCCAGGCCAGAGAAACCAUAUGAACCACAUUUGAGUAGCUGGGGACAUCUGGUGUCGUCUGGAGGAACUAAAAUACCUUAAUAUUUAGGACGUACAUGUACGUCCUUGGCACUGAAAGAGUUAAUACAGAGGUUGGAAGCUAAGUGGGCUUUAAAGGGAAACUAUAGGCAGCUGCUGGGUGGGCAAGAUAAAGUUACACAAAGUCACCAAUAGGGGUCUCUCACAUCUCCUAGUACGUCGAAAGUAUUCAUGCUGUACAAGGAAUAUACAUAGUGGUGAAACUAAUAUGACGCAGUCCCCUUGCUGUGCAUGUUAGUCACCUGACGAUGACCAAUUUAACCCCCCUCCUCAUGCCUGUAUUCUCCCUUUAAAUGGUUCAGCUUGACAGUUCAGCUUGACAGUAAACCAAGGUUUCCUAUAUUCAGACCUAAAUCAGCUACCAAAACCCAGGCUAUAAUAUUGGGGAAAAUAUCUUGUAGAAAGGAAUCUGCCCUGGCAUACUGGAGAAGAUGCACUCAAUUUGGUACAAGCUAUUUCUUGCCUUUGCCUCUUUAGUUAAUUCUUCAUUUAGUCUUCAUUUAUUGUCACUGUGCUGUAAGCAGCUCUUUCUUUACUUUAGACAGUAUUAAUUGGAUUUUCCUGAUUUUUCAACAUUCACAACUUAAAGGCAUCUCCUCUGACUUUCUGCUUUCCUUAAGGGAGUAUCUGGGCAGUAUAAGUUGGCCACAGUGUGUGUUGUGGAAUAAGGUGAGCUUUGCAUAUAAUAUGUCAUGAUUAUUUACCGAUAGUUGUAAGAUGUCAUGAAAAACAUUAAAUAGACACCCAUCAUUUCAAAUUUUUCCAAAAAUACAAUUUAGCUUAACUCAUCAGUAGAGAAAUACAUUGAAUUGUUUUAAUUUCUAAUAGUGAGUACUAGGUGGGGGUCAGUUUGGGAUGAGGUCAGUUUGAUUUUUAUUUCCUAGAUUUCUUUCAUGUGCAAUGUGUCCUUGUUAGUAGUAUUUAUAAUAUUUUUGUCCCUUUAGAACCGACAGACUGUGGUCGAGAUACCGGUAGCCUUAUCAGGAUUUGGGUGUUCGGAUAAUUUUCUUAAGAACGUCACACGAGGCCAUGUUAUGUCAAUAAUGGGAGACGUAUGAAUAUCAUUUAUGUGUUUGAUGUUUUUCAUCGCCCGUUUCGGGGGCAAAGAGUGAUUUCAGUGGAUGAGUCGUAAGGUUGGAAAAUAUGCUGACAGCAUUGGAAACAUGUUGUCUGGCCCCAAAGGUAGGUCAGCAUAAGGUGAGAUGGUACAAUCAUAGACUGAGUACAAUUAUGGCCUCAGUGAGGAUUGAUGUGUAAUACCACCUCUUUUCUACACUGUAGUGGCUAUAAUUGUACUGCGGCUAUAAUUGGACCAAUUUACCUUACAUUAUAGGGUGUGUAAAAACUACAGAUUAAAUGAAUUCAUGUCGGUACCGGUAUGGCAGAAGAAAUCGGUCGUCUCGCAGUUUGCAGAUAUUGUGGUAAUCUGUAUGUCAUGGAUGGACAAUUUGUCUCUCUUCUUGAGAAACCCAAUUUACGCCGAGGGUCGGAAUAAAAAAAGCUGUUUUUGGUGACAUAAUUCCAGAGCGCAGAGUAAAAAGGUUUUUAUAAUGAUGAACAGUUUCGAUGAACGACUGCAUAAUUAUCAAGUUCCAACAAAAGUAGCUACUAGUUAAGAGGAUAUACUGAUUUGAAUCGAGAGAAUAUCACAUACAAACACCAGCUAUUUUAGUUCCUCCACUGGCUCACAGGUGGCCAAAAUUUGCGCCAUUCGGUGCUGCCACCUAGGAAACAAAAUAUCAACAAAAACUUUGUUUCACUGCAGAUCAGUUGACCAUUUUCUGGUUACUUAUGUCAAUUCUGGUUUUGGAGCAGCUAUUUUUGCAGGAGCUUUUGUUUUAAGCGAAGUAAGCACCUUGUCUAAAAUGAUGGUAAGAACAUUUUAACUCUGCCCCCCGAAAUGUUGUCACGAAUUCACAAACUAAGCCCUGUUUUGGUUUUGGCCAAGGGCCUACUUACCUUUUGGCUCACUCUAAAUUAUGUAAGGUAUGUUGCACACUUAACUUUUUAAAGGCAAAGCCUUAUAUUUAUUGAUUUUGUUUAAGGAUGAAUAUAAAAUGUAAUUAUAGGAGAUCCUUAUUCCUUACGAUUAGAAGAUCGAAAAAAUUAGCUGUUCAAUUCUCGGAUGGAUGAUGUUGACAUGAUUAAAAAUGUAAAUAUUGUUAACGUAUUCCUGGGAUCACUGGAUGAAUGUUUGUGAAAAUCUGAGCUAAAUUCUUACAGUAAACAGUACAGUAAUUAUUUGAAACUGUCUGUCAAUUGGAAAAUUGUACUGAAACAUUUGUCAUUGAUAUAACUAGUUAAGUAAUUGUGAACUUUCCUUGCUGUGAUAUAUUCACAAUUGGGCCAUAUUUGCAUGAGACUUAAGUAUAAUAUUAUUUUGUGGGACUUGGUGAUUACAUAUAAUUUGAAAGGAAUACUAAAUAGAUUUGUAAAUUGCAUAUGUAUGUAACUAUUGUUGAUUUUUUGCCGAUUCUUUGAGUAGAGACAUUAGACGAGCAGUCUAAAACACCUUGGUAUCCCAAUCGUUACUUCAGAAGGAAAAUCCAAUCACCUCGUUCUGAAUCUGAGUGCAGAGGGUCUUUAUGACUCAACCAAGAUCCUUCUGGGUUAUGAUGAAUAUAAGUGGUAUUUUAGGAUUGAAAUUGAAACCCACAGCAUCGGAUCUAUAUUGAAAUACAGAAAUUUUAGAAUUCCAUCAAAGUCCUCGUCGAUGACUCAGGAUCUCCACUAUCAUGAGUUUAGGGAUCUCUACAUAGAUUCUUCGCCUUGGGUUCAAUUCCUUAUCCACAGAAUCUACGCUGAACCAGGCUCCUGGUAUUGAUGUGGCUAUCCCUUGGGUUGGCUCGAUAACCCAUCUACAUUGCAGUCUGACACUUCAUCAUUAUAGACCCCACAUACAACAAAUGUGGGGUCUAUAUUGAGAUUACUAGGAGAAGGUACUAGGCUUCUGCAUUCUUCGCAGGUUAUAUUAUGGAGGUAGUCCAGCAAAACCGCUAUUUCAACUGAAAAACUGUCACCCCUGUCCCAUCAAACUAAACUCGAUCUAGUGCACCUGGCAAAGAUUUUUUCGAAAUUUGGAUAAUUUUGAUGACUGCUGUUUAAAUGUUACUGAGCGUGUGAUUUUGAGAAAGCGCGAGCGUGUUUGUCCGGAAAUAGAUCAUCCGCGAAACGGAAUAGACUUCACUCCUCCAUACGUGUACUGUGUGGGCCCGUGGGGGCUAUCAAAUUUGCUGACAAACAAAUUUCAAAUUUCUAGUUAAUCAUCGAAUUAACAACAGUGGCAUAAUUCUGUUCUCCGAAUCGGCAUGCAGGUAUUUUGAACCAGUCUGUUCUCACGAGUGGUAUGAGAUAUUGCACUAUCAUUUCCUCUUUAGCAAAGCUCACUUUUCAUAGAUAUGGCUUUUUGCCUGUGUAGCGAACUUGGGUGACUGUCACAAUUCUCCUUUUCUAGUUCUUCUUUCAAAGCUCCGACAUGUCCACAUUUCUAGAUUGCCGCAUCGCUAAUUUAUGCAUACCAUGGUCACAAAUCAUGUAAUCCUUUAAAUGGAAUUCUUGACAACCGCCAGGGAAACGCCAGCAGACGUCGUAGUAAAAAGCAAGAGAGGAAGACUAACCAAAAACAUUCAAAUAAUUUCAUGAUACUAAGCAAGCAAUGACAGUACAACUUCGACCAGCCAGGGUUAGAGAAAAUAAAUCAUAUGUGUUUUGUAGUAGACAUUGCUCAAGGCAACAUAAAAGCACCUUUUCAAAAUGUUUUUGGACACAAGUCAAAUCAAAGUAUCAAAUAUUACAUAAAGGAAUUUUUUCAGAUUCUUUUCUCGUUUAGACAAAAAGUAUUAAACAAAUGAUAUAUAAGUACUUUCUCAGAGCUAUGUGACAACAACUCAAAAUUUGCUUUUGGAAAUUUGGAAGUUAUCGAAAUACAGUUACAGUUCACCUUAGAGACACCGCCGAGAUAUUAAAAUCAAAACUGUCCAAAUUCUCUGCCGGAAUAUUGCCACAUGAAAUACAUCGGGUAUUCAAAACGUCUUGGCGCCAAAAGAAAGAUGCCGGCCACCAAAUGAGUUAUCGUGUGUUUGACUCCAGAAAAAGAAAAUGAAAGUGUUCUUGUAAAAUGAUUGUGUAAAUAUCAUUUGAAAGUCCUUGAAAGGAAAGACGAUUUAGCCUUUCAGAAGGGUGGGUAGAUUUUCCCAAAAAGUUAGGAUUCAUAAAUAUUGCCAACACAAAAAAUCUCAUACAUGAAUUAUUGGUCUCGUAUCUUACGAAGAGCAGAGUCUUUAUAUUCUUGAUGUAAUGUAUUUUCGUAUGUAAUUCCUGAUUUUCACCUUCAGAACAGUUUGUCAAAAUACCCUCCGUCAUGAAAGUGUUAAAGAUAUUUUUCAUUAGUUUCGGCCGUUACAGCAGCAACAGUCUGCAUGUGUGUGCUGCCAAGCUCCUCAAAACUUACAAAGCAAUCAUCAAAAUGCUCUUGCGAAACACUUCAUCACGGUGGCUGAUGGUAUUGGUUUGCCUAAGAAAAAUAUGUGCUUCCUGUAGAGGAAAUGGCAAUAGAAAAGAAACACACAAAAGAUGAGUUCAUAUUGAGGGGCGUAUUAAAGGCCCGCAUUUAUUAAUUUUAUCCGAUUGUACCCCUCCAAAACUAUAAUGGAGGGCCUUGUUUCUAUUGUGUUGCAAAGGUAAACCAAUACCCCUGGAUAUUGUGAACCUUUAAAUGUUUGUAAAAUUUGGUCAGUCUUCAUCACUGAUGGUUGCAAAUUGAUAAUUCUGUCGCAAACUUUUUAUCGUCGUCAGUUCUAAAUGCCAUAGAGUUGGAUUUUAAGUCAUCAUCCUUUAUUUUCAUUUGAAUAAUUUGCUGUCUUCAAAAGAUGACCAGCUUACAGGUGUUUGAGAGGGCAAGUGUAAUUUCGUUCUAAGGAUGCAAAAUGGGUCGUUGUGGAAAUUUUUUCCUUAUCAUACAAUAUUUAUCUGCUUGUUUCAAGUUCUUCAAAUGGUUUUGCAAGAUUUUGCCCAAGAGGUGUCAUCGGAUUUGGCGAUUCAAGAUUUCUCCUCGUUAGAGCAUGAAAUAAGAUAAUAUCUAAAGUGUUAAACGAUUACUAUCACUAUAACAGAACACGGUACGACUAUUGGAUUGGUGUGUGUAAUUCCUGUUGGCACUUUCGUGAUUACCGUCAUUUCACUCUCUGCAGUUGUCACUGAAUGCUUCUUACUUCUGUGAAUUACGUAUCAGUUCAUUUUGUGCUCGGUGGUUUUGAAUGUUUGUUGUAAAUUUCAACAUGUCAAAUCAGUGAGCUGACUUUUGUACACCUGAAAACGGGAAUGUCGAUGGUAGUAACUUAUUUCACUGACAGACUCAAUGGGUGAUAUGAAUAAAGACUAGGAAAUGCUUUUACUUAAAACUUCACGUACAUUUACACUAGGCAUUUCUGUACAAAAUAGAAGUAAAAGCAUUUACUAGUGUUUAUUCAUAUCACCCAAUGGUUAUGUUGUCUGAGCGUUCGGUUGGUAUGAUGUGAAUCUUUUGGGUGCUAUGGUACAAGCAAAUUGAGUGCGUGUUUAUGUUGUAGGCCUGUAGUCAGUUGAUCAAUAUGGCUUAACUGGGCUUGGAUUUCUGCUGAAUUCAUACUCUGAUGCACUACCAUAGGCGUCCGUGUUUAGUAUUGUUAAUUUCUGUGCCACUUAGGCUUUACAAUACAAAAUGCCGGUGCCCUUGGUUGCCCAUCAGAAUAUGAAUGUGGCUUAUUUCAACCAACAAGGAAAUAAGAUUCCUCCCCUCAAAUUUGUAGAGUUGAAAGUUUGGUUUCCGGUAUGUAUCGUAUCUGAACUUGGGUAGUUUGCUCAGUUGUGCUAGAACUUUGAAAUGAAAGUAGGCCUUGGAUGGCCCAACUCCACAUAAGUGACUAACACCAAGAUUAACACUCGUCCAGAGGCUUUGAAUGUGUACUUGUACCAAUAGUGAUACAGGUCAACUGUGACUCCAAUUCCCGGGAAUAUCUCGUGUCAAAUUACAUUUACACUAUGACUUGCAAAACUAAGGAAGUAACACUGAUGUGGAGACAGGCCUUUACUGAUUGUCGUGUGUUGUCGUAUUGAACCAAGAGACUGGGAACUUUAACAUGCAGUGUUUAUUCAAUUAACCAGUGGUUGUAUUGUAGGACACUUGCUUCUUUCAUUUGCAUAUGUUAACGGUGGUGUUACCAGCGUUGGCUCCAAAUAAAUACUGCUGCUAUUAAAA